AUGUCGACCAACAAGGGGACAAUCCCCAACGGUGUGAAGUUCGUUUUCGGUGGCGCGGCUGGAAUGGGAGCGACACUGUUUGUUCAACCGUUGGAUCUUGUCAAGAACAGAAUGCAGUUGUCCUGCGUCUCACGUAUUCACGCGCUGACAUCGAUCAUCCGAAAUGAAGGUGUUUUGGCUGUUUAUAAUGGCCUCAGUGCAGGUUUGCUUCGUCAAGCAACCUACACCACAACUAGGCUGGGAACCUACACGUACCUGUUCGAACAUUUUAAGACUGGCGAUGCUGCACCUUCUUUUGCCAUGAAGGCAUCGCUAGGUAUGACUGCGGGAGCCGUGGGAUCUGUUGCGAUGGUCGACUACCUCCCUGAGCAACGUCGUAAUUACAAGAACGUGUUUGAUGCUCUGAUUCGUGUUGUGAAAGAGGAAGGCGUUUUCACUUUGUGGAGGGUGAGUAUAAGUAUGAUUAUGACGUUUUCACUGGUCAUAAGAAGAAAGAAAGUAAUUGUGCAAAAGCAGUAA